AUGAGGGGAGAGAAUGUAACCAAACUCAGCACGUUCAUCCUGGUGGGCUUUCCCACAGCCCCCCAGCUGCAGUACGUUCUCUCCCUCCUCUUCCUGCUCACCUACCUCUUUGUCCUGGUGGAGAACUUGGCCGUCAUCUUCACUGUCAGGAGCAGCGCUUCCCUCCACAGGCCCAUGUACUACUUUCUGGGCAUUAUGGCAUCCCUGGAGAUCUGGUAUGUGUGUGACAUCAUCCCCAAGAUGCUGGACGGUUUCCUCCUGCAGCGGAAACGCAUCUCCUUCGUCAGGUGCAUGGCUCAGCUGUACUUCUUCAGCUCCCUGGUGUGCACCGAGUGUGUGCUCCUGGCCUCCAUGGCCUACGACCGCUACGUGGCUGUCUGCCACCCUCUGCGCUACCAUGUCAUCAUGACCACGGGGCUCUGCGUCCAGCUGGUGGUCUUCUCCUUUGUGAGUGGCUUCUCCAUCUCUGUGAUCAAAGUCUACUUUAUCUCCAGCGCCACGUUCUGUGGCUCCAAUGUCCUGAACCACUUCUUCUGUGACAUUUCCCCCAUCCUCAAACUGGCCUGCACAGACUUCUCGACCGCAGAGCUGGUCGACUUCAUCCUGGCCUUCAUCAUCCUGGUGUUCCCACUCAUGGCCACCAUGCUGUCCUAUGGACACAUCGCCUUGGCUGUCCUGCACAUCCCCUCGGCCACUGGCCGUUGGAAAGCCUUCUUCACCUGUGCCUCCCUCCUCACUGUGGUCACCAUCGUCUAUACGGCCUUGCUUUUCAUGUAUGUCCGGCCCCAGGCCAUUGACACACGAAGCUCCAACAAGCUCAUCUCUGCUAUUUACACUGUCCUCACCCCAAUCUUGAAUCCAUUGAUCUACUGUCUGAGGAACAAAGAAUUUAAGGAUGCUUUAAGAAAGACUCUGGGCUUUAGUCAAGCUCCACUAUAAGAACCACGCCUUGGCAUUCCACUCUUCUAGAACAUUAUCUGAGAAUACUUAUCCUCUCUGAUGAGGCCAUUUAAUUUAUAAGAAUGGAAAUUCCUUCCAUGAUUAUAGUGCUUCAUGUAUUUUAAAAACUACUUCCACAUCUAUUUUUCCCCUUCAGCUCACAGAGGUUAAUAUCAUGGGUGUUGGUGAUGUAAUGCCACUAUUUUCUUCAUUUUAUAUCUGAGCAAAGUGGAACUUGGUGACCUUUCCUCAUGUUUAGAAUUACCCUGCACAUAUCAGGCAAUAGAAAAACAUACCAGGUCAUCUGAGGUUUUAAAGUCCUGAAUAAAUUGCAAUGUUUUAAAGA